UGGAGGGGUAAUCGAACCAGGGCGAAAAGUUUGUCUCUAGCUCACCAGGGCUAAAAGUUUGUCUCUACCUCACCAGGGCCAAAAGUUUGUCUCUAGCUCACCCAUCGGCCUUGCAGAAGGGUCAAGUUGAGAUGUUUGACAAAAAGUGCAGUAUAGAGUCAACAAGACCAGCCGCCACACAGCCCUGAAAGACUUGUCAGCGCAGAUAUGGCGUCUCAAUGCCAGGUAUGAACACAUCACCAAGCACCUACUUGAUGGGGGAUUAGAAUUUGUUGCUACUCGAACCCUCAUGGAGGCGCCCACACAAGUUCCCUAUUGUGCCGGGGCACCUCCGAUUUAACCGCCCCGGAGGCCAUGCCACCACCCUCUAUUUACCCCGAUAUUGAGCUAUAGCAUCCAUCAGUUAAUUACCUGUUCCGCCUCCCGGCCCCCAAGACUCCGACCCGCCGGCGAAAGCCCGAGCACUGCUACAUCAAGAGGUCACUACAACCUGCCGCCAAGUGAGGCUUGCGCCAUGUCACCCGCCCUCGCAAUAUAAAAUAAACAAGUCAUGUCUGCUCCCAUCCCGCUUCCCCAUUGCCCGCCGACGAAUGGCGUUCCCCGAUGCGAUGGCACGGGUUCUUUCCCCACGGGGAAUGUCCAUGUGGAAUACUAUCCUAUAUAGACCCUAUUCCCCGAGUCUCUUGCACUCUCCGCCACGUCCCUGUCACGUUCCACGCCGUCCUGAACAGAGCGCCCCGUAGUCCACGUCCAAACAGCUCCCAGCAGCCAACAACCCAGCAGCCAACAACCCAGCAAACCAUGAGGCUCAGCAUCCUCGCCUCCCUGGCCGCCGUGGCGCCCCUGGCCGCGUGCCACGGCGCCGUGACCAGCUACGAGAUCGGCGGGGUCAAGUACCCGGGCUACGAGGGCUUCUCGCCCAACUCGUCGCCCAAGACGAUCCAGUUCCAGUGGCCCAACUACGACCCCGUCAUGAACCCGGCCGACGCCAAGAUGCGGUGCAACGGCGGCACGCGCGCGGACCUGGUGGCGCCCGUCAAGGCCGGGACAAACAUCACGGCCUUUUGGAAGCAGUGGACGCACGCCCAGGGGCCCGUCACCGUGUGGCUGUACAGGUGCGAGGGCGCGCACGGGUCCUCGGCCUGCCGCGGCGAUGGCAAGGGCUGGUUCAAGAUCGACGAGAUGGGCAUGUGGGGCGGCAAGCUCAACUCGGAGAACUGGGGGACGGCCAUCGUGCUCAAGACGGGCAAGUGGAGCUCCAAGAUCCCGGCCGGCAUCAAGCCGGGCAACUACCUGAUCCGCCACGAGCUGCUGGCGCUGCACCAGUCCAACACGCCGCAGUUCUACCCCGAGUGCGCCCAGAUCGAGAUCCAGGGCGCGGGGACGGCGCUGCCGCCCGACACGCACAAGUUCUCCAUCCCGACGUACGCGCCCAUGAGCGACCCAGGAGUGCGGAUCGACAUUUACAGCUCCAAGGCGACCGAGUACAAGGUUCCUGGAGGACCCGUUUGGACCGGCUUCAAAUGAGUCGAGAUGGAAGAAAUGCUAGGGUAUCUACCGGUGCUGCUGGAGUGAAGAACUAGCUAGAAUGACAGAACCACCAGAACUGCGGGGUUGUGGCGACUGAGGCCUGGAGUGAAGUGUUCCAAUCUUUCCCCUGGAGUAAAGUGUUCCAAUCUUUCCC